AUGGAUAAUUCACAAACCCCGACUUUAGCGACUUUCGCCGUGUCACGCUCACGCGGAAAACAGCCAGGUGAUUCCCUCUACCUCACCAGGCUCAGAGAGAGGAGGAAAGCCAAGGGGCAGGCGAGGUCUUCGGAUGAGUCUGGAUCUGAAGAUGAGACCGAGCCAGGAGCUGUGGUUUUGCACAAGAUAUUCAACCGGAAAGUCGUUCUGUACCCUGAUAACACUGUCGUCAAAUCUGGCAAACGCAUAGCAAUGGGUGAAGCCGAUGCGCUCAGAGCCGCCGCCCUCGCUGGGAUCCCGGUACCGCCUGUACACGACGCCCACACGGCCCCCGAUGGCCAAGUACGGAUACGGAUGGAAUACGUCCAAGGGGAAAGACUUGACACGCUGUGGCCCGAAAUGUCGGUCGAGCAGAAAAAGGACAUCGCCCGCCAGCUUCGAGUGAUUGUCGACAAGAUGAGAUCUGUGGUACCUCCUCAGGACCUCAUCAGUGCUUGCGACGGUAGCGAGAUCCGAGAUACCAGAGUGCACUUCACGUACCAUUCCCCGCCAUGUCAUGACGAAAACGCCUUCAAUGAGUUUCUGUUGUCAGGCCUCUACGAAGAUACUCCCCCGCUAGUGCGAGAGGCACUUUCUCGGCGGUUGCGAGCCGACCAUCGCAUUGUCUUCACCCACUGCGAUCUUACAUCCAGGAACAUCUUGGUCCAAGACGAGAAGAUACAGGGCCUCGUGGAUUGGGAGGAUAGUGGCUGGUAUCCUGAAUACUGGGAGUAUGUCAAGUUCUUCCAGAGGAUGGCUGAUAAGGACUGGAAGCAGUAUGCCGAAGAUAUUUUUCCUGAAUUGUAUCACGACGAGUUGGUCGAGUUCGUGGCAAUGUCAAAAUGGCAGAAUUCAUAG